ACCUCCUCGCGGGGCGGGAGAGGUAGAUGUCGUACUGGGGGAUCUGCCGCCGUCGGACGCUGGCAGAAGUAAAACGAGGUCUCCCAAGAGGUGGCCGUAGCCAUUUUGGCUCAAGCUGCUCAGGCCUUGUUCGCGACCAGUCGGAGUCGUGAGCGGUCGUGCGCGCAGAGAGCCGCCGCCCCUUGCACCUCCAGCCAUGGCGAGGGCCGCCCUCCUGCUGCUGGUCACCGCCUCGCUCCUGAGUGUGGGCGCCUCGGCGCCGCACAAGCGCUUCGCGGGGGGGAGGAAGGUUCGAGGGCAGCUGUCGGGCGACGGCGGGGCCCCCUAUCACGGACGAGUGCUUGGACGUGUGCCCAGGACUCUCAGAUAUGAUGGCCGCUCAGGGCGCGCUUGGAGAGCCAACACCAACGGAACGGACGGACCUCGAUUGUGACCACGAGAGUGCAGUUCAGUGCUUCGUAGACGAGCUGACCACGUGCAGCAACUCCCAGGUAGCAGACGAGUUGAUCAUGAUGGCCUCCAAGCUGGAGUGCAUCUGUGACACGCGCCCCGGCGGCAAGCCUGCGUGGGCCAAUAUUUUGGCGUCCAGCGACGAUGACGGCGACUCGGAUAGCCGAAGGAUGGUGGGCACAACCACUUUGGCAGACGGCACUGACACCACCGGGGCCGAUGAUGACAAUUUCGACGAAGAUUCAAUGUGCCCCCUGUACCCUGUCGUCCUCUGCGCCGAAGACUACGAGACGGACUGCGGCGCCAUUCUUGAGGAGAUGAAGAGAUGAACAUCAGUAUCCCAGGGGACGCAGUCACCCACCUCGAGUCGGAGUGCACCGGCGAUUGCGCCCCCGGCGCGGACGACGACGACGACGACGACGGCGACGGCGCGGCGGACGUGGUCAGAGGUUGUGGCCCGUUCGGCCUGGGAUGGAUCGCCGCGUCGCUGGUCCCAGUGAUGGCGGCGCUUGAGCUCGUGGCGGCCUGAUGCUACCUCCCCAGACCCCCUCGCGUCGUGAACGAGUCCCUCCCUUCCUCCCCCCCCCCAUCCGCUGUCUUCUGCAGUGCCGCGCUGGGCCGCAGUCGGGCGGCGCGAGAGCAGGAAGCCGUCCUCUCUUCCUCCUUCUGCCGCCGACCGCCGGCCAGGCCCCGCGCCCCUGCAGCGCAGCCGCUCGGAAUGAGGAGGGGGCUCGGUGACCGAGCCCCUCCUCUCUCAUCGCGAGGGGAACAAAAAGUGGCAUAAACAUCAAAACUCGGAGGUCCGCGCGGAUUUCUCGGAUCGGCCCAGUUUUUAUGUUCAUGUCAUGUUUUGUUCCCCUAAUCACCCCCCUCUGCCCUCGUCGUUGCCCUCCCCCUGCCUCUCCUCCACCCGCCGGCGCGCGCCAGGACGACUCGCCGCGGCACUUUCGAGCGGAGAUUCUGCCGCAUCCUUUGCUUCUGGGUCAGACGACACUCCUGGCACGCAGUGCAUUUGAAGCCAUCCAUGGUUCCAUGCUUUGUCUGAGCUUCACGGCGAGCUCUACCACCCCCCUGUCCUAGCUGCUCUCUCGCUCCGUUUUUUUGUUGCUUUUCGGGCCAGUGGCGAAGGCGCUGGCCUGGCCUGACGGAUCGCGCGGGUGAGAGAAGGCACAGGAUACCGCAGGAACAA